GUGCAGGUAAUCUAGUGUAUCUGAAGAAUUUAAGAGGGAAUGUAAAUAAUGAAUAGUUAUAAUAUUUAAUAAGUGAAGAGAUUUUUAUUAAUUUGGAUAUGUUAUGGUUUUGUGAAAUUUUUCCAUAAUAACGUAGAGGAAGGAAAAAUAGAGCAAUUAGGACGGCAGGGUCAUAUCUCAAAGAGCUCGGACGAUUGUACGACGAGGACUUGGAUCACCAUCUCUAUUCAGAAUUGCAAAAAGUCGUGAUGGCAGGGCAUGAUAACUUGAACGGGUCUACAGAAAAGUCAGGCAGCGGUAUGGAUGAUUUGCCGACUUUCAAUGCUGAGAAUAUGCAAAACAACAUGAAAGUUAUUCUUUACAGCCGCACAUUCAUGGCAAUCAUUGGUGGCGUCAUUGCCGGCAUACUGGGACUUACUAGCUUGACAGGAUUUAUUUUUUAUUUCCUUGUCAUGGCAAUAACUUCAGUAGCACUCACGACAAAGGCCAAGUUUUCAAUCCACUCCUACUUUGACAGCUGGAACAGAAUCGUGUUUGAUGGAUUUUUUGGCGGGCUUAUGUCAUUUGUGCUCUUCUGGACAUUUGCGUAUGACAUUGUGCAUAUAUUCUGAGGACCCUGUGAAAGAUGAAGACCUUCACUAUAUUUAUGCUGAAAGCCAGCUCACGUGCUCAUCAAGAAGAUGCCAGACAUUUUUAAGUUCAAAGUAGUGGGUAUUCAAAGUUUGCACUCAUGAUGUUUUCUUUCUAUUAAGCUUUGCUAGAAAGUAUUACCGCAGGACAAACCACUGGUUCAAAUUUUAGAGUUCGGAGUAGUUGAACAUUUUGAUCUUGACUGAAGUUUUUGUUAGGUGACUUGUAUCCGAGUUCAAAAGCUUUAGUAAUUGGAUAAGAAGUUGUUAGACAUUUCAUUAUCACUGUGGAAUGAUACAGAUAAGCGGGUAAUCUAAGCCAAAUCUAGUUGUUCAGGUUCAA